AUGAUCUCUGUCUUUGUCCCCACAGACUUCCAGAAGCCAAAUGUCUCCAAUAAGGAGGAAGCCGCUGCCAUUGAUGGUUUCUGUAACCACAGGAGGAGAUCCAGUCAUGACCAGGAGCAACUAGAACCUGUAUGGACUAAAGAAGAACAGGUGGAACAAGGUCCUCUAUGGGUUAAAGUGGAGGGGAAGGAUCCAGAACCUCUUUCGAUAAAAGAGGAAGAAGAGACACAAGAAUCUUCUCAGAUUGCAGAAGAAAUUGUAGAGCUUGAGGCAUCAUGGGGUUAUGAGGAACAAAGGGAACCAGAUCCACCACUGAUGAAAGAACAUGAGGAACCAAAAUCUCUUAUGAUGGACAGGGAAAAUGAGGAACCAGAUCCUUCAGUGCAGUCAGCUUUUUCAAUGGAGAGUUCUGCUCGAAAGGAAGUGUAUUUGAGAGAAAAGGAACAAGGAACUGAGAAGCUUUCAUUUAAUAUGUCUCCUUUAGUUAAGACUAAAGAUCAGAAGGAAAGCAGAUACACUGUGUCCGAGAGUCAGUCUGAAUCUGACACAGAGAAAAAGUCUUAUAAAUGUCACAUCUGUGGGAAAUUCAGUAAGACUAAAUAUGCCUUGAAAAUACAUUACAGAACUCACACAGGUGAAAAACCAUUUUGCUGUGAAACUUGUGGGAAGCGAUUAUCUUCGAGAAGUUCUUUAAAUGUUCACAACAGAAUCCACACAGGUGAGAAAACUUUUAUUUGUGAAAUCUGUGGGAAAAGGUUUGCUAGACGUAAUGAACUGAAGAUACAUCAGAGAAAUCACACUGGUGAGAGACCUUUUAUGUGUCAAAUCUGCGGAAGAAAUUUCUCUCAAAUUUGUUAUCUCAAUCUUCACAAACUAAAACAUUCAGGUGAGAGACCGUUUUCUUGUCAACAAUGUGGGAGAAGUUUCUUUACACGCAAUGAAUUGAAAGUACACCAGAGAACUCACACAGGUGAGAAACCUUAUUCAUGUGAAAUAUGUGGUAAAAGCUUUAUUCAACUUGGCAGACUGAAUGUUCACAAGAAACAAACACAUAAAAUCAGGGUGUCUGCAGGGUUUAAAAAGGUAGUUUAAGGAAAUUGUCAAAAUUUCUGUCUAUAAAAAAAAAAUUAAUCUGACAAAGUAUUUUUUAAAUUACCUCCAGUUGUAUGUUCCCCAUUGUGCUGAAUGCCUUUAAGCUAAAUAUACAUUAUUUAAGCUAGGCUCACAGUCUAGACCUGGUCCAUUCAAUCAUGAAGGUAGCCAGGCCAGCCAGACUGAAUAAAAGGGUGUAAUUCAGUCUAGUAAACUACCGUUGACUCUGGAUAAAUUUGGCUGGACCAAUCACAACGCGUGAGACAAGACUUUACGAUGCGUCACUUUCUUCCAGCAUGUCAGCACGAUGGGGACCGCAAUGAUGCCAUUUCUGAGAUCCUUAGUGAGAUCGAUCUGCUUUAAAAACCUCAUCAGACUUAGACUUUAUUGUCAUUUUGUUUGCACAUAGUGUAAACACCAAAAUGAAAUGAGGUGCA